UGGGCCGAUGAUGUCACGAAAAGGAGCCAAACAAGUCAGCCCUGCAAAGGAAUGAGGCCGGACCGAGCGACAGUAAAGAGUGAGGCGUGCUGAGAGUGAGCGCUUCAGAAAGCACUUUUCCCACGUAAGAGACUUUAGCCGAGACGACAUCCACCUCGUCCGCCGCCCCCCGGCCCCCGCCAUGGAGCAGGGGAAGUACACCAUCUUGUUCGUGUCGCUGGCCGUGAUCCUGGACGUGGCCGGCCUCGUCCUCUUCUUCGUGGGGAUCUUCGCUCCCCUGAGCUACUGGGACUUCUUCGUGCUGUCCGGACCUCUGCUGAUCUUCAUCAGCAUCAUCUUCUGGAUAUUCUGGUACUUGGGGAACCUCACCGUGCCCGAGGAGGAGCUCAACCUGAUCAAGUCGGACAUACUGUGAGGAGGAGGAGGAAGGGGGGGCCGGCUGGACAGAUUGGAGCAGAAGAAGCUUCUUUUGGGGGAGAAGAGAAAAUCAUGAAUUUGUGAAGCCUGAGGUUUUUGCCUCCGUGAAGGAUGUGUGAUAAAAAACCAAAACCCGGGAAGGAACAUAUUUGACUAAUCCCAGCAGAUUACAAAACAACCACCUCGCCCCCCCCCCCCCUCUGACUCCUCGGUGAUAACAACAUGUUUAAUAUGGACAGCAGGGAUUCCUGGAAAUUCUACUUUUCAGCACUUUCAUCGGCUUCUUCUUUUUUCCGCUUUUAAGUGCACCAUCAUGACACUGCAUGCAUUAUUUAUCUCAUUGUUAUCACGUGAUGUACAUGUCGUGAGUCGAUGUAUUUAUAUAUAUAUUUCACAGCUUUUGAGAUAUACGUGACAUUUAAACGGGCUUUAAAAUGACGUGUUUCUGUGUUCUCUGUGAUGCUGCUCUUCCAUCUAAAAACAGGCCCAACAGGGUUCUCUUCAGUAAGGUCACUGCGGAGGUGUGAUUCACAGGGCAGCAACGCAUGUGUCGCGGGUUUGAGCCAAUUAGCGACAAAGAAGAAGAAG